AUGUGUCAGUAUACGAGUAUUUUGUUCAGUCUGCGUUUCGUGGCGGUCGUAAGCGCACGUAUUGACGCUCUUGCGUGUGUGCAUUUUCUGUGUAUUUUAUUUGUUUUCAAGAUAGCACAACACCCGCAAUAUUUGGACAUAAACAGCACCAUCACCGAUCACAAGAACCACAGAUUCAAUAAAACUAAAGAACAUAGACUAAAAAGUCCGUAA